CUACUAAACAGUUUGCAUGCUCUUAGAAGGCUUCAUCCAAAGCCUCCACCAAGCUAUGUGGUUUAUUGUUUUCCUCUCGAUCGACUUCCUAGGAGCGCGCAUGGGAUAUCUCUCCAACUCGCAGAGGGCAUGCUCUUGGUGCUCCUCUCUCAUGCGUGCAACUCUUCUACUCUUGUGUCCUUUUGUGCUUUCAUCUCCCCAAUCUCCUGCUAUCACCACCAGCACUGCAACCUCCUUGGCGGGGAACAACAGCAAAAGCGUAAGCGACCACUCAGCUCUCAUUUUAUUCAAGUCCAAUAUAUAUCAUGAUCCAUAUGGGGCUCUAUCCUCCUGGGACAACAAGUCGCUUCAGUUCUGCCAGUGGCAAGGCGUCACAUGUGGUAGUCGGCACCCUGAAAGGGUCAUUGCUCUGGACUUACACUCCCUUGGCCUGGCCGGAACCAUAUCACCAUCCGUAGCCAACCUCACCUUCCUCAGAAAACUAAGUCUCCAAGAGAACAAACUCGGCGGAUCCAUCCCACAAGAUCUUGGCCAUUUGCACCAGCUGCAACAUCUCAACCUAAGCGUGAAUUCUCUGGAAGGACAAAUUCCAUCCAGUCUUGGAAAUUGCAAACAUCUGAUUACGCUUGACCUAGGUAACAACCUUCUCAACGGACAAGUUCCCCAUGAGUUGGGAUCACUUCCUCAGCUCAUUGCCUUGAUCCUCCAAUCGAAUAAUCUUACAGGAGGCAUCCCAACAUCUUUCACCAACCUCUCCUCUUUGGACAACCUCGACUUAUCGCACAACAGGAUUAUGGGCGGCAUUCCACCUUGGCUAGGGAACCUGUCCUCUGUCACCAUUUUUGUUCUUGCAGGGAACGCUUUGUCAGGGGGCAUUCCAUCUUCAUUAUGUCGUCUAACCUCUCUUGCUAGCCUCGAUGUAUCACAAAACCACUUAUCAGGCAUGAUUCCUCCCUGUCUCUACAAUCUCUCAAGCAUUCGUGUCUUGAGUGUGAGCUUCAAUAGUCUCGGAGGGACCAUCCCAUCUGACAUAGGUAGCACUCUCCCUCGCCUCCAGAACCUGGUCAUGUCCUGGAAUCAGUUCACCGGACUAAUCCCUUCUUCAUUAUCGAAUGCUUCUGGACUAAUUCGCAUCCAGUUCCAAAAGAACAAUCUCCAUGGAAAAAUCCCUCGCAACCUUGGAGCCUUACAGAACCUGUCGCUCCUGAUGCUUUACGGGAACCAACUAGUAGCCAAUGAGGCCGAAGAUUGGAGCUUCCUCACUGCUCUAACCAACUGCAGCAAAUUGACAAUCCUACAUAUCGGCAACAACAACCUCACUGGUGCCUUACCCAAUUCCAUUUCCAACCUCUCCACAGAUAUCCACGUCCUUGUUUUUUGGCAUAACCAGAUAUCUGGAAGCCUGCCUUCAAAUAUGGGGAACCUGAAAAACCUGAUAGCACUUGCCAUGGGUUCAAACCUUCUCACAGGUAAUAUUCCUGAAUCUCUUGGAAAUAUUAAUGCACUGGAAGAGCUGGAAAUGUCUUUCAACAAUUUCUCCGGCCAAAUUCCACCUUCACUCGGAAACAUCAGUCGAUUGAAUUGGAUCUCUCUGAAAGGAAACAUAUUGAGCGGAAGCAUUCCAACCCACCUUGAAAAUUGUAGGACCUUGCGGUUCCUAGAUCUUUCCUACAAUCAACUUGCAGGCCCCAUACCCAUAGAGAUUCUUAGCCUGUCUUCCCUAUCUGAACUCCUAGACUUAUCACACAAUGCAUUACAAGGGUUCUUACCUUCAGAAAUUGGCAACCUGAUAAAUGUCAAUAACCUCGAUUUUUCCGAGAACAGACUGUAUGGUGAAAUCCCUGAUAGCAUCGGCGAAUGCGUGGUCCUCGGAAACCUUAAUAUGAGCGGUAAUUUUUUUAAAGGGGUCAUCCCGAAAUCACUGGCCAAACUAAUGGGCCUUCAAUUUCUGGACCUCUCAAGCAACAACCUAUCUGGGCAUGUACCAGAAUAUCUCCAUAUGUUUCACUCGCUCCAGUUUCUGAAUCUCUCUUUCAACGACCUUGAAGGUGAGGUUCCGCUAGGUGGGGUCUUUGCAAAUAUGAGCGCAUUUUCACUUAUUGGAAAUCGAAAAAUCUGUGGUGGAAUCCAAGAACUGCACCUGCCACCCUGCCCCUCUACCCAACCCCAUGGGAAAAAACACAAAGCUGCUAUCUUGGCGGUGAUCAUCGCAGCUACCAGUGGAGUUCUAGGCUUGACUCUGAUUCUCUUCUUCGUGUUACUUCACCGGACUCGAAAGACAAGAAUGAGACGUCCAUCCAUGGCAGCCAUCAGAACAGAACAUGUUAGAGUCUCUUACGCCGAAUUGGUCAGAGCAACUGGUGGGUUCUCUUCAGCAAAUCUGAUUGGCGUUGGGAGUUUCGGUUCUGUAUAUAAAGGGGUCAUGGAUUGGGAUGAUAUAAAGAUGGUUGCUGUAAAGAUACUGAACCUUCAGCAGCAGGGGGCUUCAAGGAGUUUCAUAGCUGAAUGUGAGGCCUUGAGAAGCAUCCGACACCGGAACCUGGUCAAAAUCAUAACUGCAUGCUCUAGUGUUGAUUUUAGAGGUAAUGAUUUCAAAGCAUUGCUUCUUGAAUUUAUGGAGAAUGGAAGCUUGGAACGAUGGCUGCAUCCGGAAGUGAAUGAACAAUGCCCGAUGAGGAAUUUGAAUUUAGAGCGGAGAGUGAGCAUAGCCAUGGACGUGGCUUCUGCACUGGAUUACCUUCAUCAUCACAGCCCGGUACCAAUCGUGCAUUGUGAUCUCAAGCCGAGCAACAUUCUUCUGGAUGGUGACAUGACUGCCCAUGUGAGUGAUUUCGGGCUGGCGAAGUUUCUCUCUGAAUCUAUUAACUCAUUCUCCAUAUCUGCUAGCUUGGCGGCGAUAAAAGGAUCGGUUGGAUACAUCGCUCCAGAGUAUGGUUUGGGAAGCCAAGUAUCGACUCGAGGAGAUGUGUACAGCUACGGAAUACUUCUCUUGGAGAUGUUUACCGGAAAGAGACCCACUGAUGCGACCUUCAAUGAAAGCCUAGAUCUUCAUCGAUUUGUUGAGAUGGCUUUUCCUAGUCAAAUUAUGAACAUCGUAGAUCCGCAGUUGAUACGAGAGGAGUAUGAAAUUAUCAAUGGCAUACAACAGAGGUGCACUAAACAACACAGGAUAAAAGAGUGCUUAAUUUCAGUGAUUAGCAUUGGUCUCCAAUGUUCCAACAAAUUACCCAAAGAACGAAUGCAUACGGGAGAUAUUGUAAAAAAAAUGACUGCAGCGAGAGAGAUACUUGGUGGCGUCUAAAGUCACAGAGAAUGAUCCACAAAUAUUAGUAAGAUAUUAUGAAGGCUUACGCAAACAUACAUUAUAUGGCUGUUGUUACUUCCCAAAGCCGCUUGCCAUUGCUGUCGCUUCCUGUGCUCAUCCCCUUCGACCUGUUUUCAUUUUCCGGUUUGUCUUUUGUCUUUGCCUGCUAUUGUUUGAGGGGACCCUCUUUGGAUGCUCUACUAUCACAAGGCCAAGAGAUAUCGGGAUGAAAUGUUCCAUGGAUUUGAAAUGAGUCGUCAUAGUUGAACAAGUCUUGUGUUUUCCUUGACAUAUCGGAGAGGUCACUUUCUUUCCUUCAUCUUCCUUGCGAUUUGUAUAUUUCUACCUCUUAUUAUGAUGCUUUUUAUCUUUCAAUCCCUCAA